GCAUCGCGUGGAUUAUAAUUCCUAUGGAAUUUGAAUAUAUAACGGACAAUUUCAAAUUUGCAAGUUGGAACUUGUUUGUAGCUGCUUGUUCUGUACCAAGCCUAAUGAUAGGACUAUGGUUAUUUUUCUUUCCUGAAAGUCCAAAGUUUCUCCUGGAGUGUGGAGAAGCCGAUGCUGCUCUCGACGUACUCAGGGAUAUAUAUGCAAGUAAUACAGGUGACGAUGGUGCAAAUUUUCCGGUCACUAGCUUGAGAGAAAAAAUACGUACAAUGAGCGUGGUUUCCCAACAAUCUACACGAAGUGUUCGUAGUUUGAGGAUCCGAAAACCAAAGGAACUUAAGUUGUUAUUACGAGAAAUUUGGGAACAAACAAAGGCGUUAUGUAGUCCCCCUCAUCUCAGAUACACCGUUAUAACUUGUAUGAUACAAUUUGGAUUGACGACAAGUUACUACACCUUGAUGAUAUGGUUUCCUGAGCUUUUCUAUCGCUUCGAGGAGUUUGAAAAUUUGCAUCCCAACGAAAGUGCUUCUAUUUGCGAAGUUUCUUCAGUGGUGGUACCGUACAACACAAGUUUGCAGCAGACAGAAUUUUGUGGGGAACCUAUUGCUGACUCUGUUUUUCUCCAUACGCUCAUCAUUGGAUUAGCCUGCAUUCCAACUAGUUUCUGGUUACCACUUUGUGUACAUAGGCUGGGUGCAAAAUUCUUCUUAGUUAUCUAUGUUGUGAAACGUUGUACUUUGAGACUCACCCGUGGCCCACGGCGCCCCAGUAAAGGUUCCACGGCGCCCCAGGACGCCGCGGCGCACACUUUGAGAAACACUGAAGAGCGAACAGAGAAAUCGACUGAAUUUGAAAAACGAUUCGAUCCUAAAUCUGAAAUCGAUUCUGCGAUGAGAGAAAUUGAUUAA